AUGGAACUAAAAACUCCUGCUGCUCCCCGUCUACUUGGUAAGACUGAUGAUCUUGAUGAUGAGACGGUACGAAACACGAAACUAAAUGCAGAGCUUUUCCAUACAAGCAACGACUCAGUAGAACUAUACCGCCAGGAAAACAACUCUUCUGAUUUGUUGGGCAGAUUAUAUUACGACGACUAUGAUUCCGAUUCCAUGACCUCGCCGUCAAUUUCAGGUGUCAGCUCCCCCAUGCCAUUAUCACCGAUCAUGUCACCUAGUGAGAGUUCAGACCAGCUCAGCGUCAAAUCAAGACCACCGUUUCUACGCAUGAAAUCAAUGGAACGAGGCAUUUCAUUCGACACUUCUCCCCAUGGCCACCAGAAAUCGUACACCCUUAAGGCCAAACAUCCACUUUUCAAGUUUCGUCGUACCAACAAAACAUUUUUGGUCGGCUAUAACGACGACUUGGAGUCCACGAAAGCUAUUGAGUGGUUAUUUGACGAAAUGAUUAUCAAUGGUGACACCAUAGUGGUUCUACAGGUAUUGGACGAAAAACAACACGUAUCCAUUGACAAAUCGAAGGUCCAGAAAAACUUGGCUAAAAUCGAGCAAAUCAAUCACCAUUUCAAGAAAGUUUGUAUCAUCUACGAAGCCGCCAUCGGUAAAGCAAAAAAGGCAAUCCGGUCAGCCAUUGACGAAUAUCGCCCAUCAAUGAUGGCGAUUGGAACGCACCACUACGACGGCAAAGAGCAUCACCGGUCAUUCACCAAAUCGUCGUUGUCAAAACACAUUUUAGAGUGUUCGCUAGUCCCAAUAAUAUUGGUGAAACCAAGUUACCGGUAUGUCGAGUUUUUGAGAGAAGAAGUCGAUGGUCCGCAGUACUUUGAGAAUUGGAUUAAAAAUAUCGACCAUAUCGACAACAGAGUAAUAAGAAAAAAAGUUCCUUUGAUAAGUCCGUCUGUCUCCAGAAACUCUUCAUAUACAAAUUUGGUUAAUGAAGAUCGAGGUAGGGGCGGUGGUGUCCACGACCAAAUUCUUAAUGAAUCGCGUUCAAGGUCAACCUCCAAAAAUAGAGUAUUUGCUAGGUUUUUUAAGAAAUAG